AUGUUGCAGGGGUCACUGACGUAGGAGGAUGUGGCUGUGAACUUCACCCAGGAGGAGUGGACUCUGCUGGAUCCUGCUCAGAAGAAUCUCUACAGGGAUGUGAUGUUGGAAACGGUCAGAAACCUGACUGCUGUAGGAAUACAGUGGGAAGGUCAGCACAUUGAAGAUCAGUACAGAAAUUCUGGAACAAACCUCAGACAUGAAAGAACCCACACUGGAGAGAGACCCUAUAAAUGUAAGGAGUGUGGAAAAUCUUUCAAUUGUCCCAGUUCCUUUCAAAGGCAUGGAAAAACUCACACUGGAGAGAAACCAUUUGAAUGUCAGAAGUGUGGUAAAACCUUCACCCGUUGGACGUACCUUCAGAUGCAUGUUAAGACCCACAGUGGAGAGAAACCUUAUGGGUGUAAACUGUGCGGGAAAGCGUUCACUAGCUCCAGUUCCAUUCGGGUACACAAGAGGACCCACACCGGGGAGAAACCUUACACCUGCCAGGAGUGUGGGGGAGCCUUCAGCUGACCCGGUGCUUUCCAGAGACAUAAAAUUAUCCACACUGGAGAAAAGCCGUGUGAGUGCACAAAGUGUGGCAAAGCCUUUAAUCGCUCUAGUUCCUUCCAAAGGCACCAGAGAACUCACACUGGAGAGAAACCUUAUGGAUGUGAGGAGUAUGGGAAACUCUUUACGAGUUACAGUUCCAUUCAAAUACAUAAAAGAACUCACACUGGCGAGAAACCCUAUGUGUGUGCAGAGUGUGGGAAAGCGUUCAGCUGUUCCAGUACCUUUCACAAACAUGAAAGGACCCACAGUGGAGAAAAAUCCUGUCAAUGCACACAGUGUGGGAAAGCCUUUAGUCACUCCAGGAACUAUCAGUCACACUUGAGGUCUCACAAGGAAAAACUUCACUAG